AUGGCGGAGAAUACCGAAAGUGAAGAGCAGGUAGAAGAAUUUGUUUUAGAAGCAGAUUCUGAAUUAAGAUUUGAAAUCGAAACGAAAAAUGAAAAAGUUGCGGUUGAGCUUAAAGCUGGUAUGGCAGAAUUGUUCGGAACGGAACUUGUCAAAGGGAAAAAAUAUAUUUUUUCAACCGGUGCCAAAGUAGCCAUAUUCACAUGGCAAGGCUGCACUCUAGAAUUAAAAGGUAAAACGGAUGUCAGUUACGUUGCAAGAGAAACACCCAUGGUAAUGUAUUUAAAUUGCCAUGCUGCUCUUGAACAAAUGCGUAAAAAUGCUGAAACGAAUGAAAAAAAAGGACCCAUCGCAAUGGUUGUCGGUCCUUGCGAUGUUGGCAAAAGUACAGUUUGUAGAAUAUUAUUAAAUUAUGCGGUAAGAAUGGGAAGAAGACCAAUAUAUGUUGAUUUAGAUGUUGGACAGGGUCACAUUUCAUUACCUGGAACAAUAGGAGCAAUGUUAAUCGAAAGGCCAGCAUCUGUCGAUGGAUUUUCUCAACAAGCUCCAUUGGUUUAUCAUUUCGGACACACAGCACCCAAUGCUAACUUACCAUUAUUUAAUUUGUUAAUAAGUAAAUUAUCUGAAGUUAUUUCGGAAAGGAUGCAAGCCAAUAAAAAAGCGAAUGCAUCUGGUGUUGUCAUAAAUACCUGCGGUUGGGUUAGAGGCAGCGGAUAUAAACAAAUACUUCAUGUUGCUCAAUCUUUUGAAGUGGAUGUUAUUUUGGUAUUAGAUCAGGAAAGGUUAUAUAACGAACUACAAAGAGAUUUACCUAAUUUUGUUAAAGUUGUAUUUUUACCCAAGAGCAGAGGAGUUGUAGAAAGAUCUCAAAGCAACAGAGCAGAAAAUCGGGAUUCAAGAGUUAAUGAAUAUUUUUAUGGUUCAAUGUCGCCACAAUUAUUUCCACAUUCUUUCGAUGUUAAAUUAUCAGAGAUACAAGUUUACAAAAUAGGUGCUCCAUCACUGCCAGAUUCAUGCAUGCCAUUAGGAAUGAAACCUGAAGAAAACAAAACGAAAUUAGUUCAAUUAACACCCGGUAUGAAUUUACUUAAUCACAUUUUAGCUGUUAGUUUUGCAGCAAGCGCCGACGAAGAUGUCAUCACGACAAACGUAGCCGGAUUUAUUUGCGUUACGAACGUCGAUUUAAAAAGAGGAGUUUUAACCGUGUUGAGCCCCCAACCUCGACCACUUCCUCAAACUUUACUCUUACUAUCGGACGUACAAUUUUUAGACAGUCACUGA